ACAUGUGUGAAUGUUUUUGUCAUGUGGAUGUUAAAAAAUUGUAUUGAGUUUGUUUUCAAUUGUUUUCAAUUGUUGUUUUGUAAUUUAAUUUGAGUAUUUAACACUUCGUUGAUUAUGGGUAAAGCUUGUGGAGUUUCUAGACGGAGGAAGAAGAAUGCUCAUCCCAGAUUCAAACAUAAAUCAAAAUUGGCCAAAGCUAAGAAAAAGCUUAUCCUCAGACAGGCAGUUAAAGAUCCUCUUAUUCGGGAAGCCUGGGAUGUAAAUAAAAGUAAAUCAAAAAACAUGGCUAAUAUUGGUUUGGCUGACAAUCCUAAUAAAAUAAUUCAAAUUCCAAAGCCAUUUGAAGUUAUGUUUGGUCCGAAAACUGUUAAGGGUAAAGUUAAACACGUUGAACCUAAAAGAAAAGAUGUUCUCGAAAAAAUUGAGGAAAAAAGUAAAUAUAAAAAGCCAUUGACGUUCCAUUUUGGACCAGAACUUUGUCAAUUUUUAACCACCAUGAUGGCUAAACAUGGUGAAGACUAUAAGGCCAUGGAAAGAGAUCCAGAUAACCAUUAUUUACUUUCGGCUGGUUUACUGAAACGAAAGAUUAAGCAAUUCUUAACCAAUCCAAUAACAAGUGAAGCCUAUGACAACGCCGUACAAAGCCUGGAAAAUGAUAUAAUAUCUGUUGAAGAAGAUGCACAAAAAAAGCGAAAAAGAAGUCAAAAUGACGGAAAAUAAAAAUAUUUAAUUCUA